AAAGUCACAUCUAAGAGAACAGAGUAACUAGUUUUCAAAUUUCCAUUCAAAAAAAAAGAAAAAACAAGUUUUCAAACUAUAUAGCAGUAGACAGGGCUCACUUUUCCCUAUUCCCUUCACUCCUAAAAAGCUCUUUAGGAGGGAAGGGAUGACGACUAUGGAGGAUCAUCAGGAGAAGCAGAAAAGGCUUCACCAUUGUCGAGCUCCAAAAAAAACUCCCAGAUUCGGACAAAGUUGGUGCCUUCUGCUAUCCCUGUUUGCCAUUUCCGCCUCUGCUCGAGGUUUCGACUAUGCAGAUGCUCUCACAAAGAGUCUGCUCUACUUCGAAUCUCAACGCUCCGGGCGGCUACCGUACAACCAAAGGGCCACUUGGCGUGACCAUUCCGGCCUCACCGAUGGCCUAGAACAAGGGGCUGACUUGGUAGGAGGAUAUUAUGAUGCUGGUGACCACGUAAAAUUUGGGCUACCAAUGGCAUUCACUGUCACAAUGCUCUCAUGGGGUGUCAUAGAAUUCCGGCAACAAAUCGCCGUCGCCGGUGAAUUGGAACAUGCCAUGGAGGCUAUUAAGUGGGGCACGGAUUAUUUCAUUAAGGCACACACUAGCCCAAAUGUGUUGUGGGCAGAGGUGGGUGAUGGCGACACCGACCACUAUUGCUGGCAACGACCGGAGGACAUGACGACGUCGCGGCAAGCGUACAAGAUCGACGAGAACAACCCCGGGUCCGAUCUCGCCGGCGAGACGGCGGCGGCAAUGGCAGCAGCAUCAAUGGUGUUCAAGAAAACAAACCCACAUUACUCGCACCUACUUCUUCACCACGCCCAACAGGUGUUUGAUUUUGCAGACAGAUACAGAGGAAAGUAUGACGGGAGUGUGGAGGUGGUGAAGAGCUACUACGCGUCGGUGAGUGGGUACAAGGAUGAGUUGUUGUGGGCAGCCUUGUGGCUGUACAAGGCCACCGACAAGGAGGAGUAUUUGAAGUAUGUUGUUGAGAAAGCUCAGUGCUUUGGUGGCACUGGCUGGGCCAUAGCAGAGUUCAGUUGGGACGUUAAGUAUGCUGGCCUCCAAGUCAUUGCCUCAAAGUUGCUCAUGGAAGAGAAGCACAAGGAGCACGCUCACACACUUGAGCAGUACCGGUCGAAAGCGGAGCACUACAUAUGCUCUUGCCUUAACAAGAACAAUGGCAGCAACGUGGAGCGCACCCCCGGCGGCCUCCUAUACGUCCGGCAAUGGAACAACAUGCAGUACGUUUCAACGGCAGCUUUCCUCCUCACAAUAUACUCCGAUUUGCUUCAAAACUCAAACCAGAAGCUCAUAUGCCACGGAGGAAUGGUGGGUCAUGAAGAAAUCCUCACCUUUGCGAAAUCACAGAUCGACUACAUCUUAGGCUCUAAUCCAAUGAACAUGAGCUAUUUGGUCGGCUAUGGUGCAAAUUUCCCAGCAAGGGUGCACCACAGGGGAGCCUCGAUCGUGUCAUAUAGAGAGAGCAAAGGGUUCAUAGGGUGCACCCAAGGGUAUGAUUAUUGGUACAGCCGGCCGGGGGCCAACCCCAAUGUUCUGGUCGGGGCCUUGGUCGGAGGGCCGGAUUGCGAAGAUAAUUUUGUGGAUGAAAGGGAGAAUUAUAUGCAGACAGAGGCCUGCACAUAUAAUACAGCUCCUUUGGUUGGAGUUUUGGCGAAGUUGCUGCAAUUAGAGGACCAAAAUUUGGAUGAGAAUCAUCAUACCUCACCUUUGCUUGCUUCUUAUUAGAAAUGAUAUACGAAGAAUCAGUUGAUCGGACCUCGUACUUUAAGAAAACGAAACCUUUGCUUGCUUCUUAUUAGAAAUGAUCUCAAUAGAGUGUUGGAUCUUCUAUAAGAUCACGUACUCUCCCAUGUUCGAAGAACAGUUUACGUUGAUCGGAUACCGUACUUCAGGCGUACAAAACCUUUGCUUGCUACUUAUUAUAAAUGAUCUCAACAGAGUUGUUGGAUCUUCUAUAAGAACACUCUCUGUCUCUCAUGUUUGAAGAACAGUUGAUCAGAUACCGUACUUCAGGCGUACAAAACCUUUGCUUGCUUCUUGUUAUAAAUUAUCUCAAUAGAGUUGUUGGAUCUUCUACAAGAACACUCCCCCCAACAACACAUUUCUGUUUUUUGGGCUGAUGUAAGGUGUGCCAGCCGAUGUGUACCUUCAUUGUUUUGUAAUAUUUGAAAUAGUGAUGAAUACAAGAUUAUAAAUGGUCAGCAUUGUGGCUUUAUUU